AUGCAGUCCGAUCACUCCAUAAAGCAACGCCGGCUGAAAUCACGGGAAGUUAGUUCUCGGUUUCUGUCACCGCCGUCGUCAGACACCGGUACAUCUUCUCCGACGAGACGCGUUCUUUCUCCCCUGCGACAAAAACAGAGUUCGUCGCCGUCGUCGUCUGAUCAGAAGUUCACUUCGAGAAGACAUACGAGCUUUGGAAACGGCAGCGGAAUCAACCACGGACUAUGGCCUUCUUCUUCCUCGAGUCAAAAUCAAAGCAGUCUCGCCGAUCAUCUUGGAAACGAGAGGUUAAUAGAUUUUAUCGACCGGAAACCUAAUGUCCGGGAGAACUCCGAUCAUUCUCUCAAUCGGCAAAAUAGUUGCAUGGAGUUGAGUAGGUUCGAGAAGAAACUCAAUCGUAUAGAAAGAAACAAACCGGAUUUUGGAAUUGGAGGAUCGACUAGAUACGUGAAGGAAAGAACAUUCUCGGCGCGAUAUUCAAACACUAGCUCAACUAACCGUCUGCCUUUAGAUGAUCAAACAGUUUUUCCCGGCCGGCGAUCGAUAGAUGAAAAUCUUCUUCGUCGUCGGAGAUCUGACUCCACGUCCGAUACUACUCAAGACUCAGAGCCUGAUUCUAUCGACUUAAAUUACAGUAUUGGCUCACCUGUUAUAGGAAGAUCUGGAAUCGAAGUUGAUUCCAAGUAUCUACGAUCAAGUAUGAAACCCUCCAUGAAGAACACGAUAAAAAGAGCGAACUCAGGAAAUGGAACUACCAAAUGGUCGUUAUCACCGGGAAGAUCAGCUUUGUCGCCAAUGACGGUUGAGAGUAAAGAGAGGCCGAUGUCGAUUUCAAGCAUGAAGCCUCCAACAAGCCCAUCGAAGACGAAAGGAAUGGGGAAUCUGCUGAGUAAGGGUUUGGAAUUGUUCAAAAUCAAGAAAUCAUCAACUUCUUCAAAUGCUGUUGGCGUUGGUGAUGGUGUACACCAUCUUCGAUUGUUAAAUAAUCGUUUGGUUCAAUGGAGAUAUGUUAAUGCCAAAUGCGAGGUAGCUAAAAAGAAUGUAGCUAAUCAGGCUGAGAUGAAACUAAUACACGCAUCGGCUAGUCUAUUCAAACUUGAACAAUCGGUGAUGCAAAAGAGACAACAACUUGCGAAACAAAAAAUGGAGAUGAAGCUAAACUAUGUUCUUCAUUCUCAGAUUCGACUGCUGGAAUGUUGGGGAAACAUAGAAAGACAACAUAUAUCGUCAAUUUCCAAAAUCAAAGAGUCACUCCAUAGCGUUGUUUGUAAACUUCCCCUUGUUGAAGGAGCAACUUUGGAUACGAAUUCAGCUACCAUUAAUCUUCGACAGGCGUCUGAUCUUUCAACAUCGAUCAUGUCAUUGAUAUCGACUUUCUCACCCGAGGCGGAGAAAUCGGGUCCAAUACUAUGGGAAUUGGCUAAGGUGGUGACAGAAGAAAAACUUCUUUUGGAUGAGUUCUUGGAGCUUUACAUGACCAUUUCAAAGCUAGAGGCUCAUGAGAGGAGUUUAAGGUGUAACAUAAUUCAAAUGAAAUCACAGCAACAACCGAUAAACCGAAAGAUUCAAUAA